CCGCGGAGGCGUCCGGAGCUCGGAAACCGUUAAACGCGAAGGAGAGGCGGCGGAAAACUCCCCGGAGAAGCAGCGUUCUUCCUCCCGCUGGAACCGACCCAGAAAAGUUCCGUUCGAGUCAAACUCCGGGAAAAAACCGUCAGAGCUCCAUCCCGGACCAUGUUUACCGGAACAUUAACGGGUCAAACAUCAAAGUUCGGUCUGUAAAAAGUCUCCCUCCUCUCCCUGAAUGCCCCACUCUCUCCCAGGGAUUCUCCCAAACUCUCUCUGCGUCAACGCACCUGAACGCAACAUGCCACUUCCGCUGGAGACUUUCAAAAUAAGAUUCCAGGUCGAUACUAUUUUUAAGUGUUUUAUUUAAACUAAUGGUUACAAAUCACGAAUAAUUGUUUUAUUAACCACAUUUUUAAUAACGCUUUAAAUUCUGACCAGUAAGAAAUAAUUAUAAAUUAUAUUUUAACUUAUUUAUGUUUUAAAAAUCUUAAAAUUUCAGGGCAUUGAAACAAAGAUUUGAGCUCUUUUAAUAAAAUGUUUUUAUUAAAUUACACAUUGAUGUCAGAAUGAUUCAACUAACAAAUGAAACAGGCUUUUAUUUUUAAAGGGUAACAUGUACUUCCUGUUUCAUUGCUCUGCAGGAUCUUCAGUGACCCACAUUCUCUGAUUUAAUGUGAAAUAUUCAUGUUUGAAAACUCAGUCUGACUGUUGGACACAUUUUGUCCCUGGGAGAGGACAGACUGUGUCUCCAGGUGUCCUCACCACGGGACAAGGAAGGAGGACAAAAGACUUUGAUGUUGGGACUGAAACCAGAGACGUCCAAUAAAUCCUUUUUCACUGAGAACAGAGCGCGGACCAGAAACAUUAAAGGAAAAAACUAAUAAAUAAUUUUUAUUUUCGCAGCAAAUCAGAGGAUUUAAAAUCAAUAAAUUUAACAACAAUAAACAUGAAAAGAGACUAAAUCUUUAUGAASAUUUAACUUUUUGUGUCACAGUUCAAAGACUUCCUGUAAAACAUCAGUCCUGGUUUAGGAUCAACAGAUCAGGUUCUAAUGGUCCAGAACCAGAGUCCAUGAGGGUCCACCUGGGACUUUAUUAAACCCUCCACUCUGAAGUCUUCAUCUGUCCUGCAGGUAGAGAAACCCUGGACCACGGACCCUGAUCCAACAGAACCACAGACCCUGAUCCAACAGAACCACAGACCCUGAUCCAA